AUGGAUUCGGAUUCAGAUUUCUACGGCGACGAAGGAACCACCUCGGCGCUCGAAGCCCGUGUUAACGAGUUCGACGUCGUUGAAUGGUGGGACCGCCGGAACGCCGUCACAAGCCACCUCCAGCAUGCCACUCACAGACACCCUGCUCCAGCCCUACCAAGCGGUCGCCUGCACAACCCGUAUGAAGGCCAACCCGGCGCCCGGCAGCUCUCCGAGUCGAUUGAACGCUUCCUGUCCCGCCUCCCGCCCUCCAAAACCGACCGGCGGCCCGACCUCGACUGGCUCUGGGUUGCCAACCCAUACGCGCCGCCCAGCCCGGGUCAGGCCCUCACCCAGUUCCGCAAGGGCGGUGAGGAACGAUUGGCCCUCUUUGCCGAGUUCGAGCAGAUGGCUACCGCCAGUAGCGCCAAAACAUCUGGCAGAGCACUUAUAGCCCUCAAAAAAGACGUCGCCAACGAGAGGGGGGAGACGGUCGAGGAUCUCCAGGAUCUCGCGGCGGCGUGUAAUGUCGUUACAGGGAAGUGGAUGUUGUUCCCUGAGCCGGAGCGUGUAGAUGAGGUAUGGGCGAAGAUUGCGGCGGCCACGGCAAAUAAUGAGCUUGGGAUUUCGGCCAAGGUCGAGACGAGGGUUGAGGCAAAGAAGGAGAGGCUGGUGUGUGUUUACACGAGCGAUUUCAGGGACAAGGAUGAUGUGGCGAGGGUAUUGAACAGGAUGGGAGAGUUGGAGUUGGUGAGGCAGAGCGGGAGGCAGAUUUACUACAAGUCAGAUGCUUGGACUGAACUUGGAAUUUACGGGGGGAAUAGUUGGGGGAUUGGGGCGUCGAUGUAUUCAUCGAACGAGGUAUUUGGGUAUAUCAAGGCGGUUGUCUCCCGUCGUUCAUAA